AUGAUGGGUACUGAAGUUUCUAGCUCGCCUAAAACCCUCAUCGAUCAGAUUGUGGUUCCUGGUGAUGUUGUUCUCGAUUUAUCAAGCAUGUCCAAUCAGACAAUCAAGCUCGGAAGUGGCCUCCGUCAGGAUAAUGAUGCAAUAUCUGCUAUGAGAGCUGGGAAAUUGAAGUACUCUAAGCCAAAUAAGUACUGGGUGGAGAGUUCUCAUAAAAGGUAUGUACCUCGCCCUGAGGAUCAUGUUCUUGGCAUUGUGGUAGAUUCUAGAGCAGAUAAUUUUUGGGUAGACAUUAAAGGACCUCAACUAGCUCUUUUGCCCGUGCUUGCAUUCGAAGGAGGAACGAGGAGAAACAUACCCAAGUUUGAGGUAGGCACUCUGCUCUAUGUUCGGGUUGUGAAGACAAACACCGGUAUGAACCCGGAGCUGUCCUGUACCGAUGCAAGUGGAAAAGCUGCAGAAUUUGGUCCUUUAAAAGAUGGUUUCAUGUUUGAAACUUCAACUGGUCUAUCAAGAAUGUUGUUGAGUUCACCAACUUGCCCUGUCCUUGAAGUUCUUGGGAAGAAACUAUCGUUCGAGACUGCAAUUGGCUUAAAUGGGAGAGUCUGGGUGAAUGCGGCUGCUCCUCGUACAGUGAUCAUCGUCUCCAACGCGGUGAUGAAUUCUGAAACUUUGAGUGGGACACAGCAGAGAAUCAUGGUAGAGAAAUUGUUGGAGAGAAUUUCAGACUAA